GGGGGCCAAAGUGUCAUUCAGGCAGAGACAUAUUUUGAGGUGGCCAAUUCCGAUCCCCCAUAGUUACUAGCUGCUUAAUCAUUAAUGGCUAACUGCCAGUUUCACUGAAUAGCAGGUAAAUUUCCAUCAUCUAAAAGUCACAGAGGACCUCCAAAAGAAAGUGAUGUUUAAGCUGAGAUCUGAAGGCAAAGGCUCCAGGCAGAGGGAUGAUAUGUCCAAAGGCCCAGUGAUAAAAGAGCAAAAUGACAAGAGAGAGUGUUUGAGUAUGGCUGGAGCAUGGAGAGUGAAGGGGAGUGUGGCUCCUUAUGAGUUGGGAGAGGUACUACAUUCAACAGGACACAUUUGGUUACAGGUGUCAGAAGCCCAACUCAUAGAGCUUAAGUAUAAAAGAGAAAUGGAUGGCUGAUUGAAGCCCAUGAGUGGACCUGGCCUCAGGGGGUGUGAAAUGAGAUCAUCGGUUCUGUCUCUUUGUUCUCUUACUCCACUCUACUUUCCUCUAUGUGCUGGUCUUUCUCUCUUCCAGUUCAGAGCUGCUUCCUCCAUAUGGUUGGGAAAUGACGGGGCAUGAUCAGAGGCAGCUCAAGAUUUACAGCGUCUCAGUUUAGCUACAAAGGAAAAUGAGGUCUCCUUUCUUCCAGGAUGAGUCUAAAAUCCCAGCUGGAAGACCCAGGGGAAGGCCAAGGCGCAGGUGCCCACAUGAUCAGCACAGCCAGGGUACCUGCGGAUAAGCCAGUACGCAUCGCCUUCAGCCUCGAUAAUGCCUCAGAUGAUACACCUCCUGAAGAUGCCAUUCCUCUGGAAUUUCCAGAAUUAGAACAGCAUCUACAGCCUCUGCCACCUUGUCAUGACUCCCCAGAAUCAAUGGAGGUGUUUAAACAGCACUGCCAAAUAGCGGAAGAAUACCAUGAGGUCAAGAAAGAAAUCGCUCUGCUUGAGGAAAGGAAAAAGGAGCUCCUUGCCAAGCUGGAUCAGGCAGAAAAGGAGAAGUUGGACGCUGCUCAGCUGGCUCGGGAAUUCGAGGCACUGACGGAGGAGAACCGGACACUGCAGUUGGCGCAGUCACAAUGUGUAGAGCAACUGGAGAAGCUUAGAAUACAGUAUCAGAAGAGACAGGGCCCCUCUUAACUUUAGGUUAUUCAAUGUAAGCGUGAGAGGCUUGUGACUGCCAUGCACUGGCCGAAAGAUUUUUAUUUUAAAGGGAUAGUGAAUAAAGCUAUUUCUUCUCUUUAUUACCUGCAUGGCAAACAUCUGUAAUGAGUUUAAUGCUGGCCAGAUCUAGUUUGAGAGAAGGGAGAUUUUAUUUUAAAUAAGAGAAUUAAAGCGAACCUAUUACCAGUAUAUGUUUUCAGAG